UUUAAUAUUGAAGUAAUUAAUUUAUGUACAUGGUGAAAGGGAAGAGCCAGCAUCCUUGUUGGGAGCGGGGAUAGAUCAGGGAAUGAUAUUCAUCAGUUUAAGCUUAAUACCAUGAAAAUGUGCCGAUGGCACGAUCUGUAGUGCAGCCUGAGGAGGAAUUUAACUGAUUAAUAAGGCAGACAGACAGAGAUUGCGCUGAGUGUAUCAUCUGAUGUCGGCUUUCUGAAGAGCGAUUUUCGACUGCACGACUUACUCAAGACUAUAUCCCCCCGACAAUGGAGUUUGGGGAAAGGAAGAGGAGAAGGAAGUCACAGAGCUUUAAACUGGUCACGGAUGAAGCAGGUAGUUCCCCUUCAACAAUGAUGAAUUCCAACUGCAAAAAUGUCAAUGGAGAGUCUAAGGAUGCUGCAGUGCAUGAUGUUUGGCUGAGGGAUGAGGGAGUGGAGAUCAAGAGGCAAAUCACAGGAAUGAUGAGGCUUCUGAGUGAUAAGACAGGCAGGGUGUAUCAGCGUGUGGUGACAGAGAAGGAAAGCUUAACAAAGGAGCCCCAGGAUAGGAAUCUGACCUGGGCAAAUCAGCCUGCACCUUCAUGUCUUGUAUCAGAGGACCACCAGAGCAACAGCUGGAACUCUGCGGGGGACCCAGGUCCAGCUCCAGCUCCACCUUCAUCCAUUUCCACCUCCACCGUCAACGGUCCAGGCUGUGGGCAGUACAGCACCCGCUCCAAGGCCUUGAGGAUCCUGAACCACACCAAGGAUCUGAUCAAAACUAAUGACGCUAACGCAGAUGUAGUCCCUCCUGCUGCGCCCGAGACACCCUGCUGUAUGUGUAACUGUAAGGGCACUUUGCAGUCUAUUUUGCAGGAAAUGCGUGCCAUGAGGAGGCUGAUGCAAACUCAAAAAGGAUCCUUGGAAAGACAGGAUGAGGCAGCAUCACCAUGCCAACCUCGUCUUGUACCAAGCCCUGUUCCUCGCUGUAGGCCGCGCAAGAGAAGGCCAAUCUAUAAAGUGGCACCACUUACUGUGUCUAGUACUAGGAGAGCUGCUCUUGCCCCUCUCGAGGCAUCACCACUUAUAGCUGCACCUGCAGAAUCUGGAAAGAGGGAGGAAUGUGAGAAAGAGCAAGGCUCAUCUACACCAAACAGCCAUCCCACAUCCUCUGCUCUUUCUGUGCUGCCACGUCAAAACAACCCAGUUAUUGUCAACAACAGACACAAUACUCUCCUGAACAAACUCAGGGAGCCUCACUUGUUAGAGUCUGAGGUGCGUCUUGCAGAGGAUUAUGACGUGUAUAUCUCAAAGGCUCAGCUUGACUCCAUUCUGGUCAACUAUACACGCUCUGGCAGCCUGCUGUUCCGGAAACUGGUGUGUGCCUUCUUUGACGAUACUACACUUGCUAACUCAUUGCCAAAUGGCAAAAGGAAGAGAGGGCUCAAUGAUAACCGUAAGGGCUUGGACCAGAACAUUGUGGGCGCCAUUAAAGUGUUUACAGAGAAAUACUGCACAGAACACAAAAUAGAAAAGUUGCCCGGUCCACGGGACUGGGUUCAGAUCCUUCAAGAUCAGAUCAAACUUGCCAGGAGGAGGCUGAAAAGAGAUGCUGCAGAAGCAGAAGAAAUCUUAAAAGGAUCUUCCACAUGCUGUGAUUAUAACAAGCCCGCAAGUGUGGAGGGGCCUGCAGUGGACAUGACUGGUUGAUUUAAGGGCUGUCACAAUGGCCUUACAGAAGAUUUGUUGAAUGUCUUUGUUACUUGAUUACUUGUGUUGAAUGUCUUUGUUACUUGAUUACUUGUGUAACUUGAUGCAUUUUGCCACUUUAGAUAUUUCCUUUGCAUCUGCUCUAUGUUAUGGAUGUAAAGUGGGGGGGGAGGAACAAAUAAAGAGGAAGUCUGCUUCUCACUCCCUCCCCUUCUCUCUUUCACACACACACAAAGACAGAUUUUGUGGUCCUUGAGACUUUUCAAUACACAGAUACUGCGAUCCAGGAUUUUGUGCCAAUAUACACUAUACAAUUGUUAAAUAAUGUCAGAUCAUGUUCUUGUUUAGAAGUGACUUGAUGUUUUCAUUAUACGCUACAGCUUUUACCUAGUUCUCAUAUGUCCUUAAUAGGAGUCACAAGUUUAAUACAAAACGAAGUUGGCCUAUUGUAACCGUAGAAUUAAUAUACACAAAUUAUUUUUACGGAAAGUUUUCCAUCGUGGAUUGUGCCUUAAGUGACCAGUACUUCACUCGGUGUAAUGUGUGGUGAAGUGUCAAGAUUCAUUACAAACAUACAUCCAAAGGUAAAUAUGUGUAAUGGGCAAUUUUGCAAAUGAAAAAUAAGUUGGUAAGCUACAAUUGGUUGAAAAUGAUUAAAUGUAUAAUAUUAUAUGAAUAGUAUUAUUUUUUUAUUUUCAUUAUUUGAAUUGUAAUAAUGCAAUGCAUUACUACUGUGCUUGUUGUUAAUAUUGUCAUGAAGUACCAAUUUAUUUCAUGUUCAA